AUGUCUACACCCGCUAAAUCAGAGUCUGGAACACAGAAGCCGAGGCUUCAUACGCCCCAAUGGGUGUCUCUCGUAGCCGGAGGAGUUGCCGGUGGAGUUGAGGCAGCCAUAACGUAUCCAUUUGAGUAUUCAAAAACACGUGUUCAACUGUUGAAUGACAGUGCUAUUCGGACUUCCAAUCCACUUAGUCUUAUUGUCCAAGUUGCGAGACAGGAAGGUGUCGGUGCUCUGUACACAGGGUGUUCAACUCUUGUCAUCGGAACAACAGCAAAAGCCGCUGUCCGGUUCGUAUCCUACGAUACGAUCCGCAACUCUCUCGCAGAUGAUCGCGGUGUACUGUCAGCUGGCCGGGGAAUGCUCGCUGGAAUGACCGCGGGUGCUGUAGAGAGUGUACUGGCAGUGACACCGACCGAGAGAAUUAAAACUGCGUUAAUCGACGAUGCAAAAGGCGCUCGGCAAUUCAAGUCAAGCAUACAUGCAAUUCAAGUCCUAGUCCAAAGACAUGGUAUCGCCGAGCUUUAUCGUGGUCUUGUCUCCACCAUGAUGAAACAAUCAGCCACUUCUGCAGUACGUAUGGGAACGUACAAUGUUCUCAAAGAAGCCACCAAGGCUAGAGGCAUUAAGGCAAACGUGUUCACGACAUUCGGCAUCGGUGCCCUGGCAGGUGUAGUCACUGUCUACGCUACCCAGCCAUUUGAUACCAUCAAGACGCGUGCACAGGGUGUCCAAGGAGCUGGCAUUGUUGAAGCCUCCCGAAGCGUGAUUCGCGACUACGGAAUUCGAGGAUUUUGGAAGGGUAGCUCGAUGCGACUAGGUCGGCUGCUUCUCAGCGGUGGUAUCGUAUUUUCUGUUUAUGAAGAGGUGGCCGCUAUUCUGUCUCCGGGGACACAUCGCUAG